GAUGAGCCAUGGAGUAUCUCUUUCUGGAAAGAUGUCUCCUAAGACACCUGAGGAAAGAGAGCGUAUGAGUAAGAUUCCUUAUGCUUCAGCAAUAGGAUCUAUCAUGUACGCGAUGUUGUGUACUAGGCCUGAUGUUGCUUAUUCAAUUAGUGUGACGAGCAGAUAUCAGUCCGAUCCAGGUGAAGACCACUGGAAAGCAGUGAAGAACAUCCUUAAGUACUUGCGAAGGACUAAGGAUAUUUUUCUUGUUUUUGGUGGUGAAUCUGAGUUGAAAAUAGAGGGUUAUACCGACUCUAGUUUUCAAUCAGAAAGUGAUGAUAGUAAAUCCAUGUCAGGGUACGUGUUUACUCUAAAUGGUGGUGCGAUUAGUUGGAAGAGUUCCAAACAGUCUACUACAGCUGACUCCACAGCGGAAGCAGAAUAUAUAGCUGCAAGUGAGGCUGCAAAAGAAGCCGUUUGGAUGAGGAAAUUUGUUUCUGAAUUGGGAGUUGUUCCUAGCGUUGAGGAGCCUAUUGUGUUGUAUUGUGAUAACAAUGCAGCAAUAGCACAAGCCAAGGAACCUAGGUCUCAUAAAAAUUCCAAACAUGUUUUGCGACGCUUUCAUUUGAUUAGGGAAAUCAUUGAAAGAGGAGAUGUCAAGAUUGAGAGAGUUGACACACAUAACAACGUAGCAGACCCACUCACAAAGUCAUUAUCUCAGAUUCACUUUGAUCGUCAUAAAGAGAAGAUGGGUAUUAGAUAUCAGGGAGAUUGGCUUUAGUUCAAGUGGGAGAUUGAAAGUGUUUGUC